ACACACACACUUUUCUAUCCCACUGCCAGACAGAGACCUCUCGAACGUAUUCCCUCCCCCCAAUACAUAUUUCUAUCCAGGCCGAAGACCAACAACCAUCCAGCAGUAUGAGCGGAAAGUGCUGUGGGAAAUCAUCUUCAAAGUGUUCCAAGAAGCGUGAAAAUAGUUCCAGAUGUGUGUCGCAGUCGCAGGAUUUGGCCAGAACGCCAGAGCAUAUGCGUCCGGGACAUUGCGGGCCAGUCCGGCAAUACAAUCCCCGGGACUUUGGCCUCACCGGAAACGAGGAGUGGCAACAUCCACGCAUGUUCCGCGACAUGACUUAUGAGACAAAUGCCAGCUUUCGUCAGCCGCGGGCAUGUCGCCAGCCGUACUCUUCAACGCCGGCGGCAAUGAAUCUGAGCAAUCUGCCGGACGAGUGCCUGGCGGACAUGUCUGCGCCCAAUUUUGAGAGCAGCCGGCUGGAGGACAGUGCCCAGGAGUGCCGGGGUACCCAGUCUCCAGACAGGAGCCACUGCAGGACCGGAAAGGAGGGCAGUCGCUAUGCGGAUGAGGUCUACAACGAGAUUGUGGAGCGAUUCCAGACGCUGAGGCGGCGCAUCGCCGAAGGAGAUCGACUGCGGCGGGCCCAGAGGAGGGCCCUGAAGGAGCUUGAAGCUUCCAGACGUACUACGGAACGGAAGAUCAUUACCCAUCACGAUCCCUGCGGCCAUGUGACGAGUCAGGUCGAGGUGAUGACCAUUUCGAACUCAGCACCCGAGCACGACUCGAAUGAUCUGGACUGUACCCCGACCGGACCUGGAGGUGAGCCGGCGCGUCGCCUGAACUUCUCCAGGGCCCACAGGUCGGAGAACCUGGACGACAUGACUAUGCCGACGUGCCACGACGCCUCCAUGCCGGAGGAGUGCCUCGAUGAAAUGACGAUGCCCUCAUACUCGUCUCGCGGGGCCAGCUUGAGGCCCGUGUCCUGCCUGGAAGAUGAGACCAUGCCCUCGUUCGGGCCGGCUUCCGGAAUGUCGCGCCGGCAACUGUCCAUGCCCAGUGAGUGUCUGGACGAUGUUACGGAACCCUCGAUGUCCAAGAGUCGAUCACGGCGAUCCUCGAGGAUGACCAAUGAGUGCCUGGAGGAUAUGACGAUGCCCUCCUUUGGAGCAUCCACCACAAAGUCCUCCAGUCGCUCACCGAGAUCCUUUAACUCUGGAGUAGAUGGCUGCCUCGAGGAUGUGACAAUGCCCUCAUUCGGAGGAGUAUCGAACUCUUCCCGGCGACAGCCAACGCUCCCGAGCGAGUGCCUGAACGACGUGAGCGCUCCAUCCUUUGCCAGUCGCGGGCAAAGGUCCAUGCUCGUGAGGUCCACCCACUCGACACGAUAUGGAAAUACGGACAAAUGCCUCGACAACGUGACAAUGCCCUCGUUUGGAGGUGUAAACGAUUCGUCCCGGAGAUCGUACAGCCUGCCCAUGGAGUGCCUGAACGAUGUGAGUGCGCCCAGCUUCGAUCAUAGUGCUUCCCGAGGAGAUACAUCGCGAGUCUUGAAGCAGUCGCACCGAUUGAGGAGGCGUUCACUAUCCUCUAGAGGGGCUCCGAUGACCAGUGAAUGCCUCGAGGAUAUGUCCAUGCCUUCUUACGGAGGCGUAUCCUCCUCCUUCCAGGCGAAAACCCCUCGCGGUCACCAGAUGCCAAGUGAAUGCCUGGAGGACAUGAGCAUGCCGACAUGCGGGGAUGUUUCUGGGGCCUCCAGUCGGCGGCACCACAGUCGACGUCGAACGAGAUCCCUCUCCUUGAAGUCGCCCACUGAGUGUCUGGACGAGGUGAGCAUGCCAUCCUUCGGUAAAGUCUCCAGAAGACGGCUCUCCAUGCCCAGCGAGUGCCUGGACGACGUCAGUGCCCCGUCCUUUGCCAGGAAUAUGUCCCAGGGCAGCAGUCGUGGACAAAGAUCCCUGCCUGUCCAGAACCUGGACGACAUAUCAGCACCGUCGUUUGCCAACUCCACGGCAUACGGAAACUCGUCCUUUCGAGGAACUUCAAGGUCGGCGAGAGCCAGAAGCUCGAGGCGUGCCAUGGGCAAUAUCUUAUCCGGACGAGAAGCGUUCUCGGACGAGUGCCUAGACAACGUGACGAUGCCUUCCUUUGGCGGCGUUUCGGGUGCCUCGAGACGCAAGUCACAGAGAUCCAUGCCAAGUCAAAAUUUGGGGGAUGUAUCGGCGCCGAGCUUUAUGAGUUCUGGGCGUGGGGAAUGCUUGGACGAUGUCACCAUGCCAUCGUUUGGGAGAGCAGCUGCCUCCUCCAGAAGACAGAUGACUCUGCCAAGUGAGUGUCUCAACGAUGUAAGCGCUCCGUCCUUUGGAGGGAGAAGCUACUCGCGAGGAAACAGUCGCACUCGCAGAUCCUAUGCCUCCCAAAACCUCUGCGAUGAAUCUGCUCCCUCGUUUGCUCACUCCUCAAGAGAUCCGAUGACCAGUGAGUGCUUGGAGGAUGUCUCCAUGCCGUCCUUUGGUAGAGCUUUGUCGUCCAGUUCGCGUCGUCGUGAACCGACCCUGCCGAGUUGCUGCCUGGAGGACAUAAGUGCCCCAUCUUUUGGUGGAGUAUCCGGGGCCUCAAGAAGGCAUGACUCUAGCUUGCCGAACGAGUGUCUCGAGGACGAAAGCAUGCCGUACUUUGGUAAUAUAUCUGGCAUAUCUCGCGGCCAGUCCACAGCAAUGCCCAGUGAGUGUCUGGCGGAUAUGACAAUGCCCACGUUAGAAGAUUUCUCAACCAACUCCAGACGUAGAGCGUCCGUGUCCCAAAAGAGAUCUAUGAGUCCCAGCCAAAUGACAGCGCCCAUUUAUGCCCGCUCCAGGCGGGGCAUGAUGCCCGAAUGUAUAGAGGAUAUGACGAUGCCGAGCUGUGGGGAUGUGUCGGGCAUAUCACGCAGCAGGAGUCGUCGUCAAAGGACAAUGCCCUCGCAGAAUAUUUGCGAUAUAUCCGCGCCCUCUUUCGCCAGUUCGCACCGAGGCCAGAUGACAAGCGAAUGUCUGGACGAUAUGACAAUGCCCUCCUAUGGAAACGGUUCUGGAAGACCUCAAGAUGCCAGAAAAAUGUCUUCCAGAAUGGAGUCCACACGCAAUGAAUGCUUGAACGACAUGACUAUGCCCGCCUAUGAGAGUUUCGGACGAGAUUGCAAGGCGGAGGUGUCCAGACCGACAGGGGCAAGCUUCCGAAGUAGAAGUGCCAUGUCCAGGUGCCGACAACCCACGAUGACUGACGAAUGUCUGGAUGAGAUGACCAUGCCCUCGUUUGGCGGCGUUAGUGGCUCCUCCAGGAGGCAGCCGACUCUGCCGAGUGAGUGUCUGGACGAUAUGACCGCUCCGUCGUAUGGCAGAAGCACUUUACGAGAAGCGAGCAGAAACCAACGAUCCAUGCCUUGCGAGAAUGUAGACGACAUAUCGGCGCCAACGUUCGCCUCUUUUUCCAAACAAAUGACCAACAAUCAAUCCGAGUGUCUGGAUAACGUGACCCAGCCCUCUUUUGGAGGCAUUUCAGGAGUUUCGAGGGCUAGAGCCGCGAUGACCAACGAAUGCCUGGACGAGGUGACAAUGCCUUCCUUCGGCGAAGUGUCUGGAGCAUCGAGAAGAGGUCUCUCCCAAAGGCCACGAUCGACGCCCUCCGGCAAUGCUGGGGCCUUGGAUUGCACUCCUUGGAGAAGCCAUCGUCGUCAGCGAUCUUGUCCUGUAAAUAGGAGCGAGUGCUUGGACGAUGUGAGUGCACCGAGCUUCGGCAACACUACGGGAAUGUCCUCCCGGCGGGGUCAGCAUCUUACCAAUGAGUGUCUCGAGGAUGUCAGUGCUCCAAGCUUUGCCAGAAGCAUGAAAAUAUCUCCAAAAAGAGGUCAGACCAUGACCAGCGAGUGCUUGAACGAUGUGAGUGCACCCAGCUUCGGUAACUCUACGGGUAUGUCCUCCCGGCGGGGUCAGCAUACAACCAAUGAGUGUCUGGAGGAUGUCAGUGCUCCCAGCUUUGCCAGGAGCAUGGAAAUGUCUUCAAGAAGAGGUCAGACCAUGAAGAGCGAAUGCCUUGACGACGUUACUGCUCCCAGCUUCGGUAACUCUACGGGAAUGUCCUCCCGACGAGGUCAGCACACAACCAAUGAGUGUCUGGAGGAUGUCAGUGCUCCCAGCUUUGCUAGGAGCAUGGAAAAAUCUUCAAGAAGAGGUCAGACCAUGACCAGUGAGUGCUUGAACGAUGUGAGUGCACCGAGCUUCGGUAACUCAACGGGAAUGCAUUCAAGACGAGGUCAGCAACGCACCAAUGAGUGUCUCGAAGAUGUCAGUGCUCCCAGCUUUGCUAGGAGCAUGGAAAUGUCUUCAAGAAGAGGUCAGACCAUGACCAGUGAGUGCUUGAACGAUGUGAGUGCACCGAGCUUCGGUAACUCAACAGGAAUGUCUUCAAGGCGAGGUCAGCAACUCACCAAUGAGUGUCUCGAAGAUGUCAGUGCUCCCAGCUUUGCCAGGAGCAUGGAAAUGUCUUCAAGAAGAGGUCAGACCAUGAAGAGCGAAUGCCUGGACGACGUUACUGCUCCCAGCUUUGGUAACUCUACGGGAAUGUCCUCCCGGCGGGGUCAGCAUACAACCAAUGAUGGUCUCGAGGAUAUCAGAUGGGGUCAGCCUUUGACCACCGAGGGCCUGGACAAUGAGACUGCUCCUAGCGGAAUGUACUCCCAAACGACUCGCGAGUGCCGGGACGACGCAACUGGACAGUCCAUGGGACGAGGUGACACCGAGUGUUUGGAUGAUGUGAGUGCGCCCAGUUUUGGAAGAAGUAUUUUGAUUUCGCAACGACAGGGACACCAAACCACAAACGAAUGUCUGGAUGAUGUUACUGCACCCAGUUUUGCCACCAGUUUGGGAUACUCCACAAGACCUGGACAACAGUAUCCGUCGGAGUGCCUGGAUGAUGUGUCGAUGCCCAUGAACCUGUCGUAUAAUACAUCCGAACCCAGAUCGGUGAAGCAUCGGCCAAUAGACGUCUCCUAUCCCUCGGAGAUGUUGACGAAUCAAAGCUGUCCUCCCUACUACUCCCAAAACGAAAUGGAUGAUGGUUGUCCAGAUCCAUGGGGAAAUGGAACUGAGACCCGCUUGGAGGACGAGAGCAUGCCAUCCUGCCAGGAGUUCGUGGGCCAUCCUCGGAGUCAUAACCUUACCAUGCCCUGUCCCGAUGAACCGGAACCCAACUGUUGUUGCUCCGGAGAAAGAAACCCCAACGACUUCUUCAGUUCCACGCGAAUCGAGCAGACACCUUGCCAGAAUCAAGAGACAAAAGAGAAGAAACUUGAGAAAGAAAAGAGCUCGAAGGAUUCGUCUAAAAAAUCGCCGCCUGUCGUGAAACAGGUUACGGUGCGCAGCUCCACCACGUCGGUUACCAGGGUCUACGAAAACCAUCCAGAUCACAACGAUACAAGGUCUCUGCACUAUGAGCAACGGGCAGGUGACCCCAACCGAACUGAGCACAUCGAGGACACCUCGAUGCCGAUGAUGGAGAGAACACCACCCGAGGCCCCUAUCGGAUACCUCUCCGACAUCACUGAACCCACAUUCGGGCCGUCCUUCAACUCGACGGAACCGAGCCAGCCGACCAACCAAAGCGGCUCCUACCACGGCUUCACCUCGAUGGACAAUUAUGUGCCCUUCGAUGAGUUGGUCGGGUCACCAGCCCCCAAUACGACUCCCGGGCGGUCCAAGUGUGUCAAUCGCAGCAAAAAUCAGUCGAAGAAUCAGUCCAGCAAGAAGUCUGGCAAUCGCACUCGCAACACCUCGGCUUCAAGGUCGCCGACCCAACCGUGUAACACGGUCAGCACUAAUUAUCCUUACGGAAAGCCCCAUUGCCAGAGCCGGCCACCUUGCUAGAUACCUCCAUCAUCGGCUUGGAGAGAAAUCCAAAAGUUCCUGGGGAGGGAACCAAAAACACAAGCCAAAAACUCAAAAAUCAAGACAAAAAAAAUUCAAAAACAAUUGGAAUAAUUUUUGUACAUCUACCAUAAGAUAGAUCAGUAUUUUACAACACAUUGAGGCAAUUUCCGAUGCAAAACAAUGGCAAAACACAGUGCAGAAAUACAAAAAUAAAUAUAAAAUAAAA